AGGGGGAAACCGGGAGACAGAGGGCUGCAAAAAUAACGCGGAAGAGAAGUUUUUGAGAGGGAGAGAGGGAGAAAGAGCUGGACCUGGAGGAAACAGCGGAGGUGCUAAUGAGGGAAUGCCGAAAAGGAGAGCAUACAUUCGGCCAGAGCACCAGACAUGAGUCCGAGGUGGCGGACUGAAGACGAUGCUGGAUGCCAUGGAAGUUCCAAGUCAUGCUAGGGAUCUCCUCCUGCAGCUCAACAGCCAGCGAACCAAAGGCUUCCUGUGUGAUGUUAUCAUUGUGGUGCAGAACGCCCUCUUCAGAGCUCACAAGAACAUUCUGGCUGCCAGCAGCCUCUACUUGAAAUCUUUGGUGGUCCAUGACAAUCUCAUCAACCUCGACCACGAGAUGGUGAGUCCAGGGGUCUUCAGGGUCAUCCUGGACUACAUUUACACAGGCCGCCUUACUGACGGAGACCCCACUUGUCCCACUGAACCCAAUCUAGGGGCUGUCUUGGCAGCAGCCAGCUACCUUCAGCUGCUUGACUUAGUGGCUUUGUGCAAAAAGAAGCUGAAAAGAACUGGCAAGUACCCUCCCCGCCCAGGUCCUGCAUUUCUGCCCUACCCAAAGAUGGGCCCCAAUAGUAUGGGUUUAGGGAGCGGUGGCAGGUAUAGGAUUACCACUCCUGUCAUUCAGUCCUGCCCUCCAGGAGGAAUUUUGAAUAGCCAUCCAACCCGGGCAUCACCACUAGAGGAGCUGGUUCCCCAUCGACUCGCCAUUCAUGCUGGGGAGCUGUACGCUCCCACCUCCACCCAGGGCUCUCAGGUGUUCCCGUCCCUGCAGUCAGCUCUGCCUGCCCAGCUUGGGCGCUCAGCCCACUCUGAGAGAAACUGCUCCCCCAACUAUGGCCUUGAUCUCUCCAAGAAAAGCCCCAAUUCCCAGUCUCAGCACACACCCUCUCAAUCUCAUCUGGCAAACACUCACAAUGAUGAGGAGCGAGACGGGACUCUGAGUGGACGCACCACUCCAGUGCAGGGGACCAAUGGAAGGGCCUUCCCCUCAGAAAAAAUGGAGUCAACCGACCAGGCGAGCUCCCUUACUCCUCCACCAUUCCCCCAUCUCAACCAGGCUCUUGGCCCACACCUCCCCCACCUGCAUCGCUCAGGCUCCCAGGGCAGAGAUCGUUACCCGUGCCCCCCCAGCCCUGACACCCCCACGGAAGGCGGAGAGGCAGGCAGAGAUAUGGGCAACAUCUACCGCUGGGUGAAACACGAGCCACUGUCAUACACAGCUGAAGAUGAAGAUGAUGAUGAGGAUGAGGAGGAAGGGGGUGAAAAUGGAGACCAGCAUCAUAACCACCACAAGGCUGGGGAGGAGAGUGAAGGAGCGGAGGACAAGAGUGGGUCAGGCACAGAGGAGACAGGCAGCAGUGAAGGCCGUCCGUCCCCUUCUGGACCCAUGGGGAGGUUCCACAUGCCGUAUGAGCCGGAGAGCUUUGGGGACAAUCUGUAUGUCUGCAUUCCCUGUGACAAAGGCUUCCCGAGCUCGGAGCAGCUCAACGCACACGUGGAGACACACACGGAAGAAGAGCUGUACGGCAACUCUGGUGGCGAGAUGGGAAACAGCAAUAACAGCAGCACCAAAAACAUGAGCAGCAAUACGAACGGUUAUGGGAGCCUGAACAGCAACAGUUUGAACAGUCUGUCCCACCUGGAGACCAAGUCCAGCCAGGGGUUGGGCUCAGGGGGCAUCGGGGAGAUGAUGCGACCCUACCGCUGCUCCUCCUGCGAGAAGUCCUACAAAGACCCCGCCACUCUGCGCCAGCACGAGAAAACCCACUGGCUGACCCGGCCUUACCCCUGCAGCAUCUGUGGCAAGAAGUUCACACAGCGGGGCACCAUGACGCGCCACAUGCGUAGCCACUUGGGCCUCAAACCCUUCGCCUGCGACUCCUGUGGCAUGCGCUUCACCCGCCAGUAUCGCCUCACAGAGCACAUGCGCAUCCACUCGGGGGAAAAACCCUAUGAAUGUCAGGUGUGCGGAGGAAAGUUCGCUCAGCAGCGUAACCUCAUCAGCCACAUGAAGAUGCACAGCAGUGGAGGGACCGCAGGGGGCCUGACCACAGAUGGGAAGCUGAAGCUGGACUUUGCUGAGGGCAUCUAUCCUCUGAGUAAAUAUGCAGCAGAGCAUCUGGGGCUGAAGCAGGAGAAGGCCAACGAGCUCCUCAUCCAAGCCCAGCAGCAACUGGUAGCUGAUGCAAAGGUCAUGGAGAGCCUCUACCCGCUGUCCAAGCUGGCCUCAGAGCACCUGGGCCUCUCCCACGAUAAGAUGGAUGUUCUGGGCCAACCCCUCCCCCCUCCCCCGCCGGCCCUCUCUGAAGCCCGCACCAUUGACCGCUACUCACCCAGCUAAGACCACAUGACCUGUAUAAAUGGCAGUCACCAAUAGGUCUGUGUGCACACACAACUUGCAGUAUUCUAAAGCCAUUCACCUCAACUCAAUAUCUCCUCUGCACCUCAGACUCAGGCCAAGAGGAAUUGGUCUGCUCGUGCACACCAAAAUGUGUAGACUGUAAGUGCCUUACUAUGCAUCUAAUGUAUCUUAAAGUCCUCCUACAUAAAGGAGCUCUGUGCUAUUCCGUGACCAAGAGACACUCACUCAAAGUACAGUAUUUAUGUACAGUGUAUGCAAACAAACAUUUUUAAAAAAUACAGCUAUUGAGCCAAAUGACAAAUCAAAAAACCAAAAUGUAAUUUGUUUUUAUUUAUUUUUGUAUUAUGGUGAAAUCCAAAGAGAAACUGUUGCAAGGAGACGUUGCAAUCUGACCCUAAACCUGUGUACUUUUAAGUAUCACCUGUGUACAAAAAAAAUGAAAAAGCACAUAAGGACAAGAUUCAGGGUUUUGGUCCAGACCUGAGCGGAACUUUUACCAAAUGAAUAAGCCAACUCUUCUGGACUUUAAAGUAAUGGGAGGAUAUAUUUUUUCUUUUUUUUUUCUGUUUUUGGGGUACUGGACAAUUUAUGUAUCUCACUCGCCAGCAUCUCCAAAUCUCCAGCUUCCCAAGCCGCAAGGAAAUGACUGAGCGAUAAGAGCGAUUGCUUCAGCGUUUCGGUAAAGUCUCCUCUGUUUUAUUUUCUCCACAUUUAAAAAAAAGCAACCCACUCCCCUUUGUGCGGAAAAAGACUCAUACUAUGUGACAGUAAUGGUAGCCUAAUCAGCCUUACACUCAGCGUGUAUCCCUUUUUGAGCUAAAACUUCCUUUGCAUUUUGCCUAACAUCCCUUAGCUUUCAGUUGUUAUUGAGAUGCAGUAAGCACAGCCCUGUGAUCUCAUAGCUGGGACAUGAUUGCACAUACCCAACUGAUGACACACACUAAUCCCUGCUCAUGAUGAGUGUAGCUUCAUCUCAUGGUGUAGACGAAGCAUGGGCGUUGCCUCUGACAUUGUGUAAUAUUUACAAUUACGGGUGCAGCCGAGCGGAGAGGCAGGGACCGGGUCAGAGUUAAUGCUAUAGAUAUCUGUCAUUUACUGUCAAGAGCAAUUAGACCAUUCACAGUAGCCUGAUGAAUAAGCGGGUAGAAGCAGUAGUCAGAUGCCGUGUUGCCCCUCCACUGGCCGACCUUUUAUUUGACCUCCCUCCCUUGUAGUCUGUUGUCUGGGAGGCCUGCUACUGUUGACAGGCCGAAUGAGUGCUGCAUUCAGCCCUUUGCCUUAAAAACGCUCCUCUCCACUCACCACACACACACACACAGCCCCCCCUUACUACGCACACACAUAGCGAGCUGCUAAUCUGUCCGCGAUAUGAACAUAAGAAGGGGUUUGUGGGUCUUCCCUGGAAGCCAGCGGGUGAACAGCACGCCCCAGCUGCUGUGCCUCAGUAAUCCCUGUGAAAUCUCACUUUCUCCUGGACAAUUCCCACUGCUCGCCGGCAUGAUGUCCCAUUUCAUGCCUGCCAUCUUACCCCUCUGAUCCACUUAUUAACAUCAUAUCCGAGCCUAGCAAAUGUCUCCUGGCCUCGCCUCCCUUCCCCGCUGGUAUCAAACGUGGAAACAAAGAAUGACAUAUUUCUGUGUUGGCUGACCAGCAGUUCCUCCAGCUUGAAAAACAAAAGAGCACUUAAAGGUUGCGGGUUAACGGCACAUUUUUGUCUUUGAAAUGUUUAUUCCAAAGAACAUGCUGGCCUUGUCUUUUCUUUUCCUUUUCUUAUUUUUUUUCUUUUUCACUUUUACUGGUCCUUGAUUCAGAUUAGAAAUGUCUGACCACUAUAGUGCCAAUGCCAACCUCAGUGGGUGAAUGUGAAGACUAAAGCCAUAAAUACACUGUGAUACACGUGGUGAAUCUUAAAAGGCUUAAAAAAACAGAGACAAUGUGCCUGACUUUUGGGAUUGUUUUUUUUUUUUUUUUUUAAAUGUAACAAUAAUUUAAGGGCUUCUUCUCUGUAGCAUAUGAUCAUAUCAAACAUGUUGUUUUCUGUCACUUCCUUUUCUUAAAAAAAAAAAAAAAUUGAACUGAAAGCAGCGCACGUGAAACUGGUGCUUACCUCAGGACUGAACCCAGCAUGGGGACGCUAAGCUUUUACCAAACCUUUGAAUUACAAUUACAUACACACAUGCGCACACACACAAACACACACACACACACUUUUAUUUUCUUAUUAACAGGGCAGUAGUCCUGUGUUAAACCUGUGGUUAUUUCUGUGUUUAUACAUUUCUUGUUACAUUUUUAUGGUGGACAGAUAACUUGUGAUAUUACCAUUUUAUUUUUGUUUUUAUUUUUACUAUGCGGUAUACAUUUUCUAUUGUGUUGUCCUCAAAGAGGCUUGUGCCGGUCUGACCAAAUCCAUUGUUAUAAACAUAAGGCAAAGUCAUUUUGGUAGUAUCUUAACUGGCUGUUUGUGACUUUCUGAACCACACUUACAAGUCUAGGUGACAAAAAAUGUUAUGACAUGAUUUAUUCUCAGUACUUCCAUAAAUAGACGAGCGGUGGCUUUGUAUGAAAGCUAGCCUCAUAUUGUUUGACCCCUUUUCUUCUGA